AUGACUAAGGAUAACGGGAUGCCUUGGAUAGUUGGCAAUAUCCUGGGAGCAAACUUCUUAGAGGAGAUUCCUUUGGAACAAUUGGAUAGCCAUUCCUGCAUGGUCGAAGCCUUCGACUACGGCCACUCGCACGAUUCCGGCUUGCUGAUGCACGAGUUACUCUGCAAGGUGAGGAAAGUCCCCCAUUAUAUACGGGUCGGCAUGCGUAACUUGAAAUCCGAGCUCACCCUGGGACCUAUGAUCACCGAGAAGUUUGAAGAUGAUGUUCUCGGCAGCUUUCAUAGACACAUUCCGCAACUUUUCGAGGCCGUUAUCAAGGAGCCUCACCAUUUACUGAUCUUACCAAAGAUAAUUCGAGAUGUCGUGCCAUUCAAAAGCAUCUUCCACGCUAUUCAUCGAAUCAAUACCGCUUUCUUCAAGGUGGUGCACUUUGUGCAUAACAUGAUAAGGAAACAUCUGUUCCAAGUCGCCAAAAACUUCCUGCUCCAUCACAAUUUGGGCUUGCAUUUGCUACGCAUUUUGCACCACUUUGGAAAAUUGCACUUAGUGGAGAAGGUACUUGGGUUGACACUUCCGCACUUGGAAGGCAUCAUCGCGAAGCCAAUUCUGUCCCCGGUGACCUUCUAUGAUGACGAGCUAUACACUCCAGAGUACCACCAUUCACUUAGAGAGGUAAUCGCUACCUUCCAAGGUCUUCACGACGGCUAUUUCGCUUCCGGAAUACACGAUCUGUUCAGGUCUGGCGUAAGGACUUUCUGUUCGGAAUCAACAAGGUCUACAAUGACCUCAUUUUUGUCGACAAUACCCUUUUUAAACAACUUCGUGCCGUAUUUGGACACCAUAACUACAAAAUUCUCCCCCGUCGACGUGAGUCCAGUGGUUAAUCCCAUAUUUGAAAAUUUCGCUCCAGUGGUGGCUCCAAUAAUAGAUGGCCUCCAGUAAUCAGUCCGUUUG